GGAUGGUUAGGAAGGCACUGCAUCAGUUAUCUGCAAGACGUAUACAAUGACUUGUAUUCUCGAUCCUGUCCUCGGUCCAUCAAAUACGUUAUUAUAGUGCUGAGAAGUGAAAUGCAUGAAAUUGCGAGUCUUCACGUGAAAGUACACUACAUUCAACAUCCGUGAGAGUUUGCAGAAACAUUCAAUUAACGGAACUUGAAGGUUGCUACAACUGUACUGUAAAGCCUGCAAAAAGAUUUUCUUCUUUUUCUCCCAUGUGCUGCAGAGAUUGUACAAGGCCUGUGAGAUGAAAAGAAGUGACAUGGACUUUAGCAAACUUCAGAAGACAGCCUAAUUCACAGACAAGAAUGGUUGCCGAAGAGCCAAUAUCCAGAAUCGAGACCUUGGUGAUCGUUAGACCGCUGAAGGCCGUAGCUUUAGUGUUGGCGGCACUAGCGCUGUUGCUGAUGUCGCUGUCGCUGGCAGCAACCUCGUGGCUAGAAGCAAACAGUGCAUUCGAAGGACUUUGGGAGAAAUGUCACUACCACGAUCAUGACCCAGAUAGGGUCAACUGUGACUUUACUCGGUCAAGAGGCUGGCUGCACGCAUGUCGAGGACUGUGUAUCAUGGCCAAUGGUUCUCUGUCUUACUGGCAUCAUCGUCACUUCCGCUGGGCUUCGCAGCGUGAACGCGCAGCGGAGGCCUCGUUGCUACAUGGCCGCCAUGGUCAUCUGGUUCGUUUCUGUGGGAAUAGAGCUGAUGUCGCUUCUAGCGUUUCCCAUCAAGUUCCUCGAAGAGAUUUCGGAGCAAGCUGAAGUGCAUUGGCACUUUGGAUGGGGCUACUGGGUGGGCUGGGCCUCCGCCAUCUUCAUCUUCGUCUCGGGACUUCUGCUUGUCAUUGACAAGGACGCCGAGGAACUUGUCUACCGCGAGAUCACGAGCAAAAAGAAACAACUUGGAUCUAACGAGGAAACCGAAGCUGUGUAAGCACGGGAUUUUUAGUGAGCUUGAGCCACCGUGUUCUGGUACAGCUCAGCCCGAAAUCCAAACCAUUUGUCGGCAGUCAAGGGACAGUAGACCACCGAGAAAAUCGUCUAUCGCGAGUUAUUUCCCUUUCGUCACAUACUGGUUGCGGACUCUGAUGACAAAAAAAAAAAAAAAGGGCGUGCAUAUAUAAUCAUAAUUGACUUGAAUGUAAACGGACAACUAGUGUUGUGGAUAGAAAGAACACCAUUAUAGCGGGCAACGGCAGAGCUAUGACAUCUAGUCACAGCAGCUUGUUGUCAGACUGCUGCAAGCAACGAUCAGCCUCCCCCCCCCUCCUUGAGAAGACCAGAAGCGGUCUUAGCCUAAAUGGUGGCAGGUUCCCCCCUCCCAGCUUGCAAGAGUACAAGUCCUUCCUCCCCCAAUGACACCUCAUUCUCUCUGUUUGAAUUAAAGUUACUGAAUGUUGUCAGAUUAUUGCCAGAUAAUUUUAAUAACUCAUUGGGGUUGGCAAGUUUUGCUGAAAGCUGGACAGAGCAGAUCUGUUAAUGCAAAACACUGCCCUGGCACUCUAUUUUCCCCCUCAUUUCCGUUAUAAACCUCAUAGAUAAAAAUCUCAGAUAUGAGCUGCAUCUUACCUCCCGUUCCCUCUGAAUCAUCAACUAUACCUUUGUUAACUGUUGUUUGAACGACUCUCAACUGCAGCCCAUUCACACUCACGUGGAUCUACCCACCCACUUAUAUUCAAUUAACGUUGAGUCUGAAAAGUCAAUCUGAAUGAGAGUAUUUUACGUGUGCCAGACGUGCAACCACUGUGCUAUUAAAGUGCACACAGAUAACAGCCUUCACUGGUUACAUUGCCCAUUGUUUUUGACAAAGGGUGGCAAAAUAACACUUGGUACUGUAUUUCCCAAAAUAAAAAAAAAUAGGAAGAAUAUUUUGUCCAUAAAGAUUCUAAUGAUAGAGAUUUAUGUUGCUGUAGAAAAAUAAUUAAGAGGACAGUGUUGUAUUCCAGUGAGGUUGAGUAUAUGAGAAGGAAUAGACGAAGAUGAUUUAUAUUGAGUAAGGAAAAGCAAAAAGGGGAAGAGAAAUGGCAGAAGAGCAGAAUAAGAAAGACUCAUGCACCAACCAAAGAACAUAUUUUUUUUUUGGUAGUUUAAUUAACACAAUUGUUCCAUCUAUUAAGUGUAGUCCUUUGUC